GUCUAAGCCCUCGCUCUGCUGUGUGUGAGAGCUCUUAAUUCCCUCUCUCUCUCGCUCUGACUUAACUAGCUGCAGAAAUCUGUCACAUUUUGCACUGUGGUUCUAUUCUGUCCCUUGAGACGCAGGUUUCAGGGAGAGACAUGUGGCGAGGGACAGGAGCGUCCGAUGCAGAAAGCGACAGCGGGAUCCCCUGAGCUCAGAAACAAAGGAAAAGAACGUUGGGACAAGGAGACGUGAGCCCGGGGGAAUAUCAGCCAUGUUGACACCAUGGAGAUUGUUCCUCUGCCAGAUGGCACUGAACAUAUUCUAUCACAUCGCAAAAGCCAGUUUAUGCCUUGGUGGUCAGGAUAUAUUUGCCACGGUCAGAGAGAACAGUCCCACUGGAGAGUUCAUAGCCAACCUCAGUAUAAACGGAGACCCUGCAGGAGCCAGCAGCAUCCGGCUCUGUCUCACAGGUGAAAAUGCAGACUGGUUUUACCUUGAAGGCCGAACAAUCCGACUCAACUCUUCGUUUUCAAGGGCCUUGGAUCGAGAGGUUUUGGGGUCCGUCCUGAUAGCUGCAUUGACAUGUUAUGAAAAUGAAAUUAUAAGGGGUCGAUAUCGAAUCAUGGUGGAGAUACUGAACGAAAACGACAACAUGCCACAUUUCAUUGAAGACACCAUUCAACCACGAUAUAUAAGUGAGCUGCUGUCUGUAAACUCGAUGGUGUUCACAGUGAAAGCCAGAGAUGUCGAUGGAGACACCAUCACUUACAUGGUCGACAAAUCUACAAACUGUGUGCCUCUCAUUAAGACUGAUGCCAGCUAUUUUAGGAUCGAUCUGCCUAACAGCGGGAUGGUGAUCCUGGAUAAACCUUUGGACUAUGAGACUAAAACUCAGCUGCAGGUGGUCAUCUAUGCUGUGGAAACAAGUACAAAAGAGAAGUACAGCACAACAGCCACCGUCACUGUGAACGUCCUAGACGGUGAUGACCAGUAUCCACAGUUUCAACCAUGUGCACCUGUUUAUGAAGACGGAGAUCAUAAUAUUUGCACCAACCCUGUGUACAGUGUCAACAUCACGGAAACGGAUGAGGAUGCUGUGCUUUAUUUUUCUCCGGGUCCCAUUCUUGCUGAAGACGGAGACAAGAACAUACUGACCCCUCUAGUCUACAGCAUUCUGUCAGGUGAUGAUAAUGGCAGGUUUACAAUCGACUCGAAAACAGGAGAGAUCACUCUACGGCACCGUGUGGAAAACAGACUCCUCACCCCUUCAUUUAGGCUCCGAAUAAUGGCUGCGCAGGUUAAUGACCCUAAGAAGUAUUCGGUGGCGACGGCACUGAUACAUGUGUUGUCAGAGAACAGAUUUCCUCCAUUCUUCAACAAGACCGUCUAUAAAGGGUUCCUCAUCGAGAGCUCGAGUCCUGCUACACUGGUCACUACCUACGGGAACCAAGUCCUACUGGUCCAGGCCAUCGACAGAGACUUCAGAGAUGGAAUUAACCCCAAAUUACGUUAUACAAUGCAGCCCUUGACAGGUAGCAGUAAACUGUAUCACAUAACCCAGGAUGGCAUCGUGAUUGCUAAGACAGAUCGGCUCAGAGCAUUUGACCGACACAUCCUAGAGGUUAUUGCAACAGAUGAAGAGUCAGGCGAGGCAGCCCAUGCUUCGGUAGACAUUGAAGUUUUGCAGAGAGGACAACCAGUUCCCAGAAGUCCAUUUGGAGAGGAGCGACUGUUUGGAGAUAUGCAUGCUGGGAUGGCCGGUGGCAUCGCUGCCGUUGUUUUCAUAGUGGCUGUGUUGGCCCUGUUUCUCUUCCUCUGGCUGGCCAAGAGGCGAAGAGAGAGGCGGGAUCCAGUGGAAAGGGGUGCUGUAGCUCUUGGGAAGCACCCAAAUGUGAGCUUAAGAUGGUUUCAGCAGGUCAAUUCAGGAUGUCCCAUAUCGCUAAUAGAGGACGCCUCCUACCACAACCCUGCAUACGUUGACCAUGAAAACUCCAAUGAUUUAUACACCAUAAAAGAAGACAUACUUCAUCUACCAAACAGGAUAUAUGAACACGACAACCCAAUGCAAGACAUGCUGCCCAUCCUGGUGCUUCCAGAAAUGACCACUGUAAACCUCUCAUCUUCAGCUGUGAGCAAUGGAAAAGGUUUUUCAAAAUCAGUCUCAUUUAAAGAUGAGGACAAAACGGUGGCCAAAAAUGAUGACAGACAAAUUGUGGUUGUGUGUAAUCAAAUGGAGACCAGAGCAGAUGUUUUAGUGUCUGUUACACAGCAGGAAAUUUCUGAGAAUCCUAUAGGAAAGGAGGAUAUGUGUAUGUGUCCAAAUACAUCUGUAAGGCCCAGAGAGGAAUAUAUAGUCGCUCAUGCUGCUGAGGAUUAUGAUAACGAUGAUGACAAUAAUCCAUAUAAGAACAUGGCCUCUGUUAUUUACAGCAGUGAGGACGAAGAUAUGGCAGACGAUGAGCCAAAUGAUUUAAGGCGCUAUUAUAAACAUGGGCAAAACCAGAUUUCUGUGGAGCGCAUGAAGGCUGUCGGAUUGCAGAGGGAGGACUCAGAUGAAUCGCAAGCAUGAUUGAGUCAAGUACCAUGGAUGACUCUUGUGAAUCCCUUGCUUUUAUGAAAAAGCCAAAUCCUUAAACGUAUGGACAUUGUUAGGUAGGGAAAAUAGCAAUAAACAAGCUCAUUAAAAAAGAUGAACAUGUUUUAUGUGCAUUUUCAAAGUAUUGUUGGUCAAAAUGUAAUUGUUUUAAAGUGGCUUGUCUGGAAUCUGGCAUGACUUUUUUUGUUUUAAAUGAAUUUGUCAUUUGCUUGAGCUCCAUGUUUUCAAAGUUUGGAUAAUUGUGUAUGCUUUCAUCAUGCUGGUCUGGUAAAUAAAUAAUGUACACAUCAGCCUUAAUUAGGAAGCUUAAAACCUUUGACGACUAUGAUAGUGUAAUAUGUUUUUGAUCAUCACAUCUGAUGACAUUUUUUUCAACUGAAAAGAUACUUAUUGUGCACUUUAUGUCUCCACGAAAACUUGUAAAUUAAUUUCAUGAGUGUUGCUGUCUGUAUGCUAAACAUUUCAACAUUGCAAAGAAAAACCUGACGUUUUUAGUACACUGCUGUAGUGUAAACUUUACAAAAGUUACUGACCGGUAUUGCAGUUACUCUGUGAAAUGAAAUGAUCAAAAAGUGUGUACUGUAUAAAUCAAUAGAUAUUUUUAAAGAGGUUAUAACAUUUUCUGAUUAUUUAUGUCUGUCUUUUGUAUAAAAAAAAAAAAAAUU